GUCGAUUUAAGGAACCCACAUUUUUUCAAAAAAAUCCACUCUUGUCCUCAAUUUUAAUUCCGUUUUCUUCUCCAAUUUUGCUCUUUUUUUCUGAAAAAUUUCUGUAAAGAGUUGAUUUUUAUUCUUGGAAAAAGCCAAACAUGCCUUUCUGUGAGGUGGGUAAAUACCAGAACGGUGUAGAUGCAACUGGCAACAAUGGAACCAAGAUUUUUUACAGAACUUAUGGUCAAGGCCCGGUCAAAGUUCUCUUGAUUAUUGGAUUGGCUGCGACGCAUAGUUCAUGGGAACCACAGAUCAAGGCGCUCGCCGGGACGAUUACGCCGAAUGAUUCUGAAUCGCCAGCCGAUGAUCGGAGCUCCGGUGAAGGUGGGGGUAUGGAGGUUUGUGCUUUUGAUAAUCGUGGAAUGGGGUUAAGCUCUGUACCCACUAAAAAGUCAGAAUAUACGACUAGUAUUAUGGCUAAAGAUGCAAUUGCUAUAAUGGAUCACUUGGGGUGGGAAAAAGCGCAUGUCUUUGGUCAUUCAAUGGGAGCUAUGAUAUCUUGCAAAUUGGCUGCAAUGGUGCCUGAGAGAGUUUUGUCUUUGGCUUUACUGAAUGUCACGGGAGGAGGCUAUGAAUGUAUUCCCAGGCUCGAUCGUCAAACUCUAUCAAUUGUUGUCCGGUUUUUGAAGGCAAAGACUCCUGAACAGAGGGCUGCUGUUGAUUUAGACACCCAUUAUUCAAAGGAAUACCUUGAGGAAGAUGUGGGAACUACGACCCGAAGAGCAGUAUUAUUUCAAGAAUACGUAAAAGGCAUAUCAGCAUCCGGGAUGCAGUCAAAUUGUGGAUUUGAUGGACAGAUAAAUGCUUGUUGGACUCAUAAGAUAUCACGGGAUGAUCUUGAAUCUAUCUGCUCUGCUGGAUUCCUAAUAUCUGUAAUUCAUGGCAGGCAUGAUGUCAUUGCUCAGUUAAGCCAUGCAAAGAGGCUUGCGAAGAAGUUACAUCCUUGUGCUAGAAUGGUAGAGCUUCCUGGAGGACAUCGUGUUAGUCAUGAAAGGACAGAAGAGGUCAAUGACGCUCUUCUUGAGUUGAUCAAGGCAUCCACAAGUAAGAUUAGCCCGUAUGACUGGACAAAUUUGCCCAAGAAAAGCUCUGAAAGCGGCAGCAUGAAACUAAGACUAUUUGGAGGAACAAGAUAUAGAGGAAUAAUGUCUCUCUGAUGGAAUAUAACUCCACUUACUAGGAAAAGUUCUCCAGAAGGAAGUAGAUCAUCUGUCAUGACCGACAUUAUAGGAAGGCUACAGAGGUUCUUGUUGUUCUUUUUUGGUUUGUUUAUGUUGGCAUUUGAGUUUAUGCGAAGAGGUGUAAGUCGUGUAAAACCAGUCAGAGUAAAUGCAGCCCUCACAUGAACCUAUGAUGGCAAAUUCAGUCCACUGGUAACUUGACCGGUGGAAUAAACUGUACUGCAUUUUCACAUACACGAAUCACAUUACAGAAGGAAGGGGAAAGGAGGAAAUGCAUGAAAAGGCAAAGCUACACUGUGCUGACAAAAAGAUCAGAACAAAACAUUUUAGCCCGCCCUUACCACUUUUUAUUUUAUAGUUGGUUAAGGGCAUAGUGCAUUUUCUGAAUUUCAUUGUAUUGAUAAGUGCAGACCAUUGUUCCUUUUCCUUGGUGAUAAUUAUCCUUUUUGA